AUGUCUCACAAUUUUUUCUUGACAGUACAACAUAUCCAAAAGACGUCCAGAGAAUGUUUUUGGGACUACAAGACGUCUUCUGGAUAUCCGUUGGAUGUAUUUUGGACAUAUGUGCUGUCUGGGAUGAUUCGAGCCAGAAUUCUGUAUAUUGUGUACUUCGAUGCACCGAUAAUGGACAAAAAGAGGAGCGAAAUUCAAUCCUAUUACAAAGACAAGACCAUUUUUGUCACCGGCGCUUCCGGCUUUAUGGGUAAGGUCCUCUUGGAAAAGCUGCUGUACUGUUGCUCGGAAAUCGACAAAAUUUACAUCCUUAUACGAAGCAAGAAAGGUCACAGCAUCGAUACUCGACUCAGCAACAUAUUCAAUUUACCUUUGUUUCAAAGAAUCAAAAUGGAGAAACCUUAUGUCCUUCAAAAAGUGGUACCGUUAAACGGUGACAUAACUUCGGACAAUUUGGGUUUCACUGAAGAGCAGCGAAAACGUCUGAUAAACGAAGUACAUGUGGUAUUUCAUUGCGCUGCAUCUACUCGUUUCAAUGCGAAAUUGAAAGACGCCAUCGAGAUGAACACUACAAGUACAAAAAAGGUACUGGACUUGGCGAAGCAAAUGAAGCAACUGGAAUGUUUCCUGCACCUAAGCACGACUUUUUGUCACGUCGACCAAAAGGAACUUGCUGAACGGAUGUAUAAUUCCCCUCAUGAUCCCCACAAUGUCAUGAUACUCGUUCAAUGGCUGAACGAAGAAAGUAUCGAUCUUCUUACACCAAACUUGAUACAUCCACAUCCAAAUACCUACACGUAUUCGAAGCAUCUUAGCGAAACAUUGGUGGUCAACGAGUAUCCUAAUCUGUCUUGCUGCAUUGUGAGACCAUCAAUCGUAUUACCAGCUAAAGAAGAGCCGUUACCAGGUUGGGUGGACAAUCUGAAUGGUCCUAUAGGAUUGCUCGUCGGUGCGGGCAAAGGUGUCAUCAGAUCAAUGCACUGCAACAGCAGUUAUCAUAUUGAAUAUAUACCGGUUGACAUUGCGAUUAAUAAUCUAAUUGUAAUUGCAUACAGAGUCGGUACCAAGCAGGAGAAAUCAAAAAGUAUACCUGUGUUCAACGUAACGCAAGGUAAAAUAACAGAGAUCAAAUUCAGCGAGAUACUUAAAAUGGGUCAGCAUGUUGUUCACGAAUAUCCCUUUGAAGGACAGGUUUGGUAUCCUGACGGCGAUAUACGUAGCAGCAAAUUUGUGCACAAUUUAUUUGUCUUCUUUUUCCACAUCAUACCUGCGUACUUUAUCGACUUCUUAAUGCUGAUAUUUCGACAAAAAAGAUUUAUGGUCAGACUCCAAAAACGAAUUUCACAUGGGCUCGAACUACUGCAACAUUUUACCACGAAAGAAUGGGUAUUUCAUAAUCAUAAGAUAUGUACUAUGUUCGACGAAUUGUUGCCAGAGGACAAAAAAAUGUUUCGCCUUUAUGUCGAAGCUAACUUUGACAAAGAGGAGUAUUUGAAGACUAUUGUUUUGGGUACUCGACAAUACUGCCUGAAAGAAGACUUAUCUUCCUUGCCGAGAGCCCGUCGGCAUCAAAAUAUGUCAACCGCUUGUUGGUUCCCUUUUUGGGUCAAGGAAUUAAAUCCCUUUUACCCGGGAUGGAACCUUUGUGCGCAAUUUGAGAGGGAAGGUGUGAUGGGGUGA